AGAAACACGGAGCGCUGCGAGGUUUGUCGGCUCUAAGAAUAGUGGCGGGGGGUUCAGGUUCUGGACCUCACAAUUGGUCGGUGCGAGGACGGCGAGGAGGAGGUGCUUGUGUCUUCCCUGAUGAAUGACUGGCCGCCAUCCUGCCCGUUGGUCACUUGUCGUCUUGUUGUCGCCUCUUUGGAAGUUUCCUUCCCAUAGUUUGCAUCAUCCGCCGGGCUCUUUUGUGAACGUGCUGUCGAGAAUUCAAUGCGUUAGUUUGACGGGCUGCUCGCAAGGUUUGCUCCAUGCAGCGCUACCGCCACUAUGGCGCCUCCACCCCCUCCGCAACCUCCUUGGCAGCGCCGGCGGAGGAGCCCCACAGCACCCAGGAGGCGUUGAACGCUCAUGAGCAGGUGUGCGAAGAGCAGGCGGAGCCGAUCGUAAGUGAGGAGGCUCAGGAUGGCCUCAAGAAGACAGGAGGAGACAUUUUGGAGGAGGCUGCAGCCACGCAGCAGGCUCCUCUGUUCUCCGAAGCAAAGCCGCCGGAAAGCAAAAGCAGCAAGAAGGCGGCAGGAGGAGACGUGGGGGCAGGAGCCAAGUAUUCCGUCUUCACCUGGUUUGCGGUGCUGGCGCUGUUGGGGGUUUGGAGCUCAGUGGCCGUCGUCUACUUCGACAUCGUCGACUACGACAGCGUCGUCGCCCGCGCUCAGGAGUUUCGUAUGAACUUUACACAAGUUUUACAAGGGAAGCUGACAGCCUACGACACAGACGGAGACGGCGACUUUGAUGUGGAGGACGCCAAAGUCCUGCUCGGCCUGAAAGAAACGCCAAGCCAGGGGCAGCCAACUGAAGAGGGAUCAGAAACUGCUGGAGAGCAGUUGAGCAAUCGACAAGCCACAGAGGCACCGGAAGAGCCGUCAGUGGAGGUGCCUACAGAGGAGACCGCAACAGAAGACUCGACUGCUGAAGACCAGUCCACUGACCGAGAAGCUGCCGAGCCGCACGGGGAGGAGUCAGUCGAGAUGUCUACGGAGGAGACCGCAACAGAGGACUCGACUGCUGAAGACCAGUCCACCGAGCCACAAGCUGCCGAGCCGCAUGGGGAGGAGUCAGUCGAGGUGCCUGUAGUGGAGACCGCAACAGAGGACUUGACAGCUGAAGACCAGUCCACCGAGCGAGAAGCUGCCGAGCCGCACGGGGAGGAGUCAGUCGAGGUGCCUACGGAGGAGACCACGACAGACGACUCGCCCACAAUCUCUGAAGCUGAGGAUGUGGACUCUGAAAUCCAAGCUCCCGUUCCCCUGCCUGCGUUUGUAGAAGAAGACUUUGUAGCAGAUGAUCCUCGAGAAGACCUGGAGCAUCCUUAUGAGGAGGACGUGGACGCCAUCGACACGAGCGGGGUCCUGGUGGAGGAGCCGUCGUCUCAGGAGACUGUCGUGGAAUCUGCAAACGAUUUGACGAGCUCCAAGUUGACACAAGAAGAGCCACCGGUGGAAGUGGAGCAGUGGUCCGAGCCUGUCGUAGCGCAAGAUGAGAAUGUUGCAGAGAGCAUCAGCGCCCCCGAGGCGGAACCUGCAGAAGAUGUGACAAGCUCCAAGGUGACACAUGAAGAAGAGCCGCCGUUGGAGGCGGAGAAGCAGUCUGAGCCAGAUGAAGCACCCAGUGAGACUACCAGAGAGAGCAACACCCCCGAGGAAACAGCAGACCACCCUGCUGCAGAGAAGCCCAAAGAAAAAGGCAAGAAGAAAAAACCCAAACUGCUCAACAAGUUGGACAAGACCAUCAAAGCAGAACUGGACGCCGCCGAGAAGCUUCGCAAGAAAGGAAAAGCGGAGGCGGCGCUGGAAGCCUUCGAGACUUUGAUCCAACAGCACCCACAGAGCCCCCGCGCUCACUACGGGAAAGCACAGGCGGAGGACGACCUGGCCGAGAAGCAGCGCAGCAACGACAUGUUGCAGAAGGCCAUCGGCAGCUACAGAGACGCCGCAGAGCUUCCGGACGCCACCCCCGACUUGGUCAGAGCGGCCCUCAAGCGACGAGCAGAGCGCCAACAGUUCCUGGGGCGGAUGCGGGGCGCUGUGGCCACGCUGGAGAGGUUGGGGCAGAUCUUUCCCGAAGACAUAAGUCUGAAGAACGACCUGGGUGUGGCCUACCUGUUGCUCGGCGACAACCAAAGCGCCAAGACUGUCUAUGAGGAGGUUCUGGCGCUUGCGCCCAGCGACGGCUUUGCCAAGGUUCACUACGGCUUCAUCCUGAAGUCGGAGAAUAAGAUCGCGGAGAGCAUUCCGUACUUGAAGGAGGGACUGGAAUCCGAAGAGCCUGGCACAGAUGACGGACGUUUUUACUUCCACCUGGGAGACGCCCUGCAGAGAGUUGGAGACAAGAGUGCGUACCACUGGUACCAGCUGGGCCACGAGCGAGGGCACUUUGCGUCCGUGUGGCAGAGGUCACUCUACAACGUCGACGGACUCAAGGCGCAGCCCUGGUGGACUCCAAAUGAGACUGGAUACACCGAUCUGGUCAAGGCACUGGAGAAGAACUGGAAAAUGAUCCGGGACGAGGCUAUGGUCAUGAUGGACCAAAAGACGGGCCAGUUUGUACCCGAGGAGGAGAACCUGAGGGAGAAAGGAGAGUGGGGCCAAUACACACUCUGGCAGCAAGGGAAGAAGUCUGGGACUUCUUGUCAGGCUGUACCGAAGACCUGCUCGCUACUGGAGAGAUUUCCUGAAGCCAUCGGCUGCAAGAGAGGACAGAUUAAGUUCUCAGUGAUGCAACCGGGCACGCACGUGUGGCCACACACGGGUCCCACCAACUGUCGACUGAGGAUGCACCUCGGCCUCGUCAUUCCCAAACAGGGAUGCAGGAUCCGAUGCACAGACCAGACCAGAGAGUGGGAGGAGGGCAAAGUGUUGAUCUUCGACGACUCGUUCGAGCACGAAGUCUGGCAGGACGCGGACACCUUCCGCCUCAUCUUCAUCGUGGACGUGUGGCACCCGCAGCUGACGGCGUACCAGAGACAGACGCUCAGCGCCAUCUAGACCAGCGAGCUCCGGAAGGACUGCGCACCACUCAAGGUUCUUCUGGGUGGUACUACUGACACACACACACACAGGCACAAACGUGCACACAACCACACACACUAUGACUGACUGUUCAUGUUCAAUGUUUGUAGAGUUUUAUUUGUGGGAAACCACGACUUGGCUGUGACUUGUUCAUCCUGUGUUUUCCGACUAGCUCGCUUUUUCCCUUCACUUUUGUACAAUCACUACAACCAGCAGAUGUUCUAAGAGAUUCUAUUUUUAUUAAAAAUGACACAAGAGAAUCACAGUGGGUUUUUUUUGGGGGGGGGGUUGUUUUUUUGUUCAGGUUUUUUAUUUAUUUAUUUAUUUAUUUAUUUUUUUCCCAGUUAGUCCAGGUGUGGGCAGUGCCAUUUUUCUGAAAUCGGCAAAUUAAAAUAUUGACAAUUAAUUUACCCC